AUGUGUGUUUGCUGUGUCGUACUGUUCGUCAUCGACGCUGCACUUUGUUUCCUCACAUUUAUGGGUCACUUCACGAAAAACUUCUAUGAUUGGGGAUCUGUUCUACCAAUUAUGCUCAAAUGUGUAGCUUUGGCCGUCGUGAUAGCAGUUCCGGUGACCAACAAAGUCAUUGGUGUCAUUUGUCUUCUAAUCGCCGUUCAACGAGCCCUCGUCGUCUUCUUCCCGCCGUCCAUUUUCAAUUACGCUAAAUCGUAAUUUUGAACCAUUUUUUCAAUUUAAACUUCUUGUUCAGAAACGCUUCCAAACGGUUUGUUCAAAUCACUUGGUUUGCAACGUUAUUAUAUCAUCUUAUUGUCGAUAUUCACGGUUGUAAUUUUGCCACGUAUCAUGGUAACUUCAUAUGUCGAUCGAAUUUUUUCACGACUGCUCAAAAUGUGAGUUUGAGGGGUUUCAAUUUAUAGCGUGUUGGAAAAUGGAAGUGAAAAAACUUUUGCGUGAGUUAUCGUAAUUAUUAAGGGACACACUUAUAAGUACAAUAAAAUUCAGAAACAAAUAUGAAAACGCGUUUUUUUUCUCUGGAAAUGACAUUCCUGUAAUAAGCCGCUCUUAACAACUUAGGAGAAGCUCAUAAAAUAUUUUUGCCGUUUAGUUUUUGGGCUACUAUGUGAUCCACAACAGUCGUUGAUGUACAUACUUUCUGCAAAAAGUAGUAAAAUAUGGGUUUUGCAAAUUUCGGAUUUUGUUCUCAACAUUUUUCAUUAUAAUUCCAGCAAAAGUUUUAUUUAUUUAUAGUUGAUUUUUUGUUUCAAUACGCGUUCCUUUUCAAAGAUAAAAUUGACGAACCUAUGAGAAAUGAGAGAAAUAAAACGUCCCAUUUUUCUUGCCACUUAAAAAAAUAGGCUCCGCAAUCCCGAUUCCAACUACGAAACUGUAUAUGAUUGAUUUGUGUUCAGGUCGUCCUUUUUAUUGACUUUGCGGGUCCCUUCAUAGCUUUAUUUCUGAAUUUUAUCGUCUUCCAUCGGAUCGUCGCUAUCAAAGCUGUUCAUUCCAGUUUGAACAAAUCUGAACGAGUUCUUUUGUAUCAAAUCAUACCCAUCAUACUAUUCAAAAUUGUGAGCUUUUUUUCUAAAACCCUAUUCCAAAAAGUUCCUUCUUUUCAAACCAAACACUUUUCGAAACACUCCUGCAAGCAUUUUCAAGAAAAAUCUAAAAAUCUCCCAAAAUCCUAGCUUUCAGAUCCAUCUUCUCGUUUUCAUGAUUAUUUACACCUAUUGGUACUAUCAGAAAGAAAAAGAUCAACUUUAUGACUACGCAUUGAAAAUCCACCGCUAUGAGUUCAUCUACCUGUCGAACGUCAUCCCAAGCUCCUACCUUCUCAGCAGCGAAGAAAAAAUACGGACAACCGCCAUUCUACUGGGUUAUUCAUUUUUCAAGCAAAAAUGGAAAGAGAAUAAUUGCAGGCUGGCGACGUGUGAGAUCUGUCCGGACGACUGCAGUUACCUAUUAG